AUUCAAAUUAAAAGCAACAAAAAAGUAAUUCAAAAAUUGAAAUAAAAUAAGAAAAGCAACCGAGAAGACCCUAAGCACGCACGCAACAUAGCGGCGAAGAACAUCGGAGAAGACGACGAUGAUAAAUAGCGAUGAUAUUUUAGACGACGAAUGGGACGAAGACGUUUUUCAAGAGCUACUUAAAGUCGAAGUUGCUCUCUCUGCAAAACCCAAAACCCACAGCACCAACCAUUCUUCUUCUUCUUCAACUUCGCCUUCUUCCUCUUCUAUCUCUCUCCAACAUCAACAACAACUACAACCGCCUAUUUCCAAUGUCUCUGUUGAUUUCUCACCUCCUCGUGUAUUUUCUCAAAGGCCUACGUAUUUCGAUUCUUCCCCUCCUAAACCAUCAAAUUCCAAUAAUAAGGACUUCGAAACUCACCGAUUCAAGCAAGAACAGAGGGAGUCGGGAUGUGCUUCGAAGCAGAAUACAAAUCUGGAAAAGGAAUGCCUCCAGUUAAAGAAAGAAAGAGACAAGGAUGAGAAUCAGCCCAAAUUUGUGUCUUCUGAGAACGAAGAAGAUAAUGCCCGUACUAAACGCUCAAAAACCGUAGAUAAUGGCAGGGAUUUUGGAAUUCGUGCUCCCGAACAUCGUAAAGCCUCUUUAAAAUUUCAAAUUGGUGUAUCUUCAAACAAUAUGACUGUUGAGACCACUGCUAAAGCUAAUGGGGUUGAAACAGAAAUAGUUAACCAUCAAGAAGCUCAAGAUCCUCCAACUCCAAGUGGCGAUCUUUCUGCUUAUCUUGACCUCUCCCAAAAGUUGCUGACAGUAUGGGGGUCUCCAAGUGAAAAAGUGCUCAGAAGUGAUGUUAUAUCCAAUUUGUUCGCCAGUUGUCAAAAAGAUCUUCGUAUUCUUUAUGGCUGCAUGAGCUCGAGCCCACCUUCUGAAAUAACACGAAAAUUACUUACAGAUGUAAGCUCUUCAAGAGUAUCUUUGCGUUUCGUCAAUGAUUGUUUCCAUACUCCUGAAGCAGCAAAGGUGUCACAUCUUUACCAUGUGAUGACAAAGAUAGCUGAUGGAACAGGUGUGUUGGAAACUUUGAUACCACCGUUACUUGAUAUAUGUAGUAUGGAAAAUGUUGUUAUUGUCCAUAGCUCUCUAUGUAUACUUCAUACUCUUCUGAAGCUCCUACUGGAAUUGGAAAAGAACUUUGGAAGAAGGGACAAUGUCUUCAUUGAAGGAAUUUGCGUUGGGAAGGACCUUUUGGAUUCUGACGAGUUGGAUGGUGUGAAAGAUGGAAUGCCCUUCAAUGAAGAAAUGUUGAACAGAAGAGAGCGCUGGAACUAUCAAAGUGCCUUACAACCUCAUGUGAAUUGGUCAAAUAUUUUUGACAUAAUGCACCAAAUUUCCACGAGAAUCACAGAAGAAAACGUGAGAAUGGAGGCAAUGUCCAUUAUGAUUCUGCUUUUCCUAAGGAGUAGUGCUUACUUUGAGAGGGAGCAGUUUUGCCAGAACACAGUUUUUAAAACUAUUUCAGAAUUGCUUAAGAAGGAUGCUGGGCUACGUGUGAAAAAGAAAACUCUAAGACUUUUGUACCUAGUAGUAAAUUGUCCAAAACUGUUGGCUACUUUCUGCUGUGGUUGCAAAGAGGGGGACAAUAGUAGUGCUAUGGAUGACAAUGCAUCUGCGUUAGAUUUCCAAAUUUUUAAAUUUAUUCUUCAAGGAUUGGCUGAUUGUGUAGUUUCCCAUGGAAGUGGCUUACUGGAGUUGAAAAUAAGCAGAAAGGCCAUUCUUGUGCUGGCAUUCCUCGCAUCAUCUGGACAACCUGGUUUUGAAAUUUUUAUUGGUCAUAGGCUUGUUGCAAGAAGCGUAAACUAUCUCUUGUCAAUUUUGCAAUUACUGGUAUCAGAGAUGGACUUUGAAGAUGGAGCUCACAAUGAGCUGCCAGAAGUUUUUAGGGAGAGGACAUUUCUCAUGCGGGAGAUACUGAUAUUACUUAAUAGACUAGUAUCCAGUCCUUCAUAUUCUGCCAUUGUUCUGCACUUUUUAACAAGCACUAGGGAUAUGGCUAGUUUGACAAUUGACGUUGCAACCAGAUUAUCUCGGAAAGGAACUGAAAAUGAGCGGCAGGACAGCAUGGUGAAGCAAAUAAGACGAACCGAAAUCAUUGACCUUGCUCGCCUAUUCAAGAAAAGGGUACUCACAUAUAUAGGAGAUCGCUUGCUAUGAAGUCUCCUUCCAAUUCCCUUGUUCAAUUUUUUGUACAUAUAUGCAUGCAUGCAUGCAUGUAUCAUUCUCCUCUUGUAGGAACUGAUGCCUAAAUGGUGAGAUGUGGAUAGGCGGCAAAGGCAUGCUAGUUUUUUGGAGUAGCGAUUAUCUUCAUUACUCAAAAGAAAUGGAGUUCUUCGUUACUUAGUUUUAGGGGUGUAAAGGUGUUAUGCUUUUUAGAAAUGUGGUUUUUUUAUACAUUUAGGACUAUAGUAAUGAAGGAUUUUAUUUCUUUGAAAAAAAAGAGGAUCUCUACCAUUUUUGGAGGACUACGUAUUCUUCAGAUUUUGACUAGUUUCGGAAGUCGUGCCUGGGGAGGAAUCUUUGUUUGGUGUGGUUGCACAUUCAGAUUUUUGUAUAAUUGGAAGAGUUCAUAUAUUUUUGGACAAAAUUGGAAGAGUUCAUUUAAUGAUUCAAUAAAUUAUAUAUUUUUUUA